AUGGAACUACAAGUGCUGGAUGCGGGCUGUGACUGCCACUCUACUCCCGUCCCCAGAUUUAUCCCGAUCGGAUGGAUGCUCCUGCCACUACCGGGACACCCGCUAUUUAGUGCAGCCAGCAGUAGUUGCAGUUAGCGUCAUUCAGCCCUGUGGGCGCAAUCGACAUGGUCAUUUGCAACGACUUGAUGCUGUCACACAACUGCCAAGCCCUCAGCCAUCCUGCUGACACUCCAGCCCGCCAUGUGAGCAGGGUCAAAGUGACAUUCCAAGCCGUCGAUCUGAUCUGGGGACAGAGCUUUAAAUAAAAUGCCGGCUUCUCGACCGAACCUGCAGUACCAAUGGACCGUUCUCGUUUGCUCAGAAUCCGCGCUUACACACAACCACAAUGGCUCAACCACCGCCGCUCGCCACACGGCCAAGCAAGGCCAACUCUGACAACAGCACGCAAUUCUUUGGAUCGCAGAUAGGGGGGGGGACCGUCAUCAACUAUGGCUACACCGACAUGCCGUGGAAGCUCAUGGCGUGGGACAUCUACUAUUUCUUUAAGUUCUUCUGGGCCAUCCCCUACAUCUUGUGGCCGCUCUCUCCCGCCGACUCGGGCGAGUUGAGUGAGCUCUCACCGACACUGAGCAAUGUCUGGUGCAUCGCCAUCCAUGUUGUGCUGUGCGCCGUGCAGCUGGCCGGCAUUCUGGCACUUCCGUGUCUGGUGAUGCUUCCGGUCUGGGCAGCAGCCAUGACCGUGGCCGCCUUUUUGCUGUUGAACAAGGCGCUGUGCAUGCUGUUGAACGGCGAAGGCGUCGAGUAUCACUCGGAUCCCAAGUACGCGCCAGCGCUCCCGGAACAUGCACAUGAGCAAUGGAUUUUUAUCAAUGGGGUCGCGGCCGGGGCACACUGGAUGCAAGGCAACCUCAACCGUCUUGCUGUCACCUUCAAGCGCCCAGUCUUGGGCAUCCACAACAAGACCGCCGGCAUCUUGUUCGACGUUUUGGAAUGCCUUCUCCAGCGCAACUGGGGCUACGCCACGAAAGACGUGCGGGUUUGUUAUUCGAUCAUCAAGCAAAAGCUAUAUAACCCGCAGUACUCCAAAGUCAUAUUCAUCCUCCACUCGCAGGGCGGUAUCCAAGGCAGCCUGAUCCUGGACUGGCUGCUUCAAGAACUCCCGCAGGACAUCCUCGGCAAACUCGAAGUCUACACUUUUGGAAACGCAGCCAACCAUUUCAACAAUCCGCACCGCCAUGUCCGCUCCCAGACCCUAGCCAAGCGCAACCCCCUUGCCGCCUCAGUAGACUCAACCCAACUCGAUCCCAACCAUGCUCACCACAGCCCUGUCCCCGGCCUCCGCAAGCCCCAGCCAUAUUCCAGUCCCAACUCCAGUUUCGAGUCCUCUUCCCGCCCAUCCGACGCGCAGCCACCACGCAACAACGAGAACCAAUCCCCCAUCACAACCCACCGCGGCAACAACACCGCCACCACACCCGCCCCCCUUCUAACAAGCUCCACCGCCACCCCUCACCCAUCGGACUUCUCAGACCGGGCGAUAGGCCACAUCGAGCACUACGCACACACGACCGACUUUGUCGCGCUCUGGGGCGUGCUGCACUUCGCCACGUCGCUGACCCCCUCGCCGCUCUUCAUCCCGCGCUUCAUCGGCCGCGUGUUUGCGCGGACGAGUCUGCGAGGCGGGCACCAGAUGGUGCAGCACUAUCUGGACGGCAUGUUCCCGCUCAGGCGGGAUCCGGUUACCGGUGAAUUGGUCAGGGAUGGAAAGAUGGGUGUGCCGUGGGGUGCGGGGGAGGAGGGGAAUGAGUUUAUGGAGAGUGAAGUUUUGGUUGGCGUUGGGAAUGGGGAGGGAGAAGAGGAUGGUGAGGAGGAGGUGGCGGCGGGGGUGGAGGUGCUUGGGUAUCGAAAUGGGAGGAGUCCGGAGGAUGCGCCGCCUGAGUGAGGAAGGGGUGGAUGGUGUGGUUCGGAAUGCGAUUAUUUGAUGAGUUACGGGGCGAGAGAGAUACUCGGGCUUGGGGGAUGGCGUUUGGCUGGUCUGGUGUAAGAGGGUCAAGUACCUUACGGUAUUCCCAGGGAGGGGCCUCUAAGCGCUAGCUUCGUGAACACAUUACUGUAGUACAUCAGUAGUCUGGCACCAGUAAACAGACUGAGUAAACAAGUAAACAAACUGAGCAUG